UGGAAAAGUUUGGGCUCUGGCUUGCGCGCGCAGAGGCUGACCCGCGGGUCCCGAGGACACGCGGCGGGGACGGCGGGGACGCGGUGACACGGCCCGAGCGACCGCGGCGACAGGGACCAGCCCACGCACCCCCAGCUCCUAGACUCUCCCGGUGCCCCGUCCCGCCGCCGCCCCUGAGCCGGGAAGGCCGCCAGGAUGCGGGUGGCCCCGGUGCCCUUCCCAGAGGGAGGCUCCUGCUCUGCCCACCCUGGCUGGGGUCCGGCCGGGGCCACCAUGGAAGCCUGAGCCGGACCGUGUUCUCCGGCCAUGGACGUGCCCAGGGCGCCCUCUGGUGGGAUCUGGAGCUGAGCCUGGCCCAAGCAAUGGCCGUGGUCCCGACACCGCGGCCCAGGUCCUCCCCUGGGAACCAGACCCUGUACGAGCACUACAGCUACGUGGGCAAGCUGGAGGGCAGGCUGAAGGGGGCCCCUGAGGGCAGCACGCUCACCACCGCGCUCUUCCUCGUCAUCUGCAGCCUCAUCGUGCUGGAGAACCUCAUGGUGCUCAUCGCCAUCUGGAAAAACAACAAGUUCCACAAUCGCAUGUACUUCUUCAUCGGCAACCUGGCACUCUGCGACCUGCUGGCCGGGGUCGCCUACAAGGUCAACAUCCUGAUGUCAGGCAGGAGGACGCUGAGCCUGUCUCCCACCGUCUGGUUCCUGCGGGAAGGCAGCAUGUUCGUGGCCCUCGGCGCGUCCACCUGCAGCUUGCUGGCCAUCGCCAUCGAGAGGCACUUGACCAUGAUCAAGAUGCGGCCGUAUGACGCCAACAAGAAGCACCGCGUCUUCCUGCUGAUCGGAAUGUGCUGGCUCGUGGCCUUCUCGCUGGGCGCCUUGCCCAUCCUGGGCUGGAACUGCCUGCACGACCUCGCCGACUGCUCCACCAUCCUGCCUCUCUACUCCAAGAAGUACAUCGCCUUCUGCAUCAGUGUCUUCACGGCCAUCCUGGCCACCAUCGUGGUCCUGUAUGCACGCAUCUACUUCCUGGUGAAGUCUAGCAGCCGCCGCGUGGCCAGCCCCCACAACUCGGAGCGCUCCAUGGCACUGCUGCGGACCGUGGUCAUCGUGGUGAGCGUGUUCAUCGCCUGCUGGUCCCCACUCUUCAUCCUCUUCCUCGUCGACGUGGCCUGCAGGGCGAGGGAGUGUGCUGUGCUCUUCAAGGCUCAGUGGUUCAUCGUGCUGGCCGUGCUCAACUCGGCCAUGAACCCUGUCAUCUACACGCUGGCCAGCAAGGAGAUGCGGCGGGCCUUCUUCCGGCUGGUGUGCACCUGCCUGGUCCGGGGCUGGGGCACCCGCUCCUCGCCUGCCCAGCCCGCCCUCGACCCCAGCAGGAGCAAGUCCAGCGGCAGCAACAACAGCAACCCCUCGCCCAAGAGCAAGGAGGACCCUCCCCAGAGAGCUGCCUCGCCCUGCAUCAUCGACAGGAACAAAACCCUGCAGAACGGGGUCCUUGGCAAGUGAGAGCAGCCGCCUCCAGGAGCGGGAUCCUCGCACGCUCGUGGGACGGGGGCACUCUGCACGCAGCCACGGUCUUAUUUAUUGCAUACCCCACCCCGGGAGCUCCGGAGCAAGGACUCGGGAAACCUACUUGCCAAUAGCCUGUGUAGCGUGGACGUCACUUAAGGGGGGGGGACCCGGCGACUUGCCAGCUUAGUCCACGGUAGACAGUGUGCCCUGUCUGCAUCGGCUCCAGAGUCUUCUGAAUGUCCCUGGCUGUGGACGUGAUCGGCUGCCUUCCCCUGACUCCCAGCGGCCACUGUCUGUGGUGCCGGCAGAGGGAAGGUGGCGGGCCACACAGCGUAUGGCGUGCCUCGCCUAACGUCACGGUGAUGUUUGGGAACUUUACACUACAUUGUGCACGGAGUAGAUGCUGCUGUAUCCGUCACAUCCAGGUCACUGAGCACUGGUGUUUCAAACGUCUGCCAUCGGUACGUGUCACUGCCUCCCUUGGGUGAGAGCAGCACGUGGCAUAGUAUAAGGAUGUGGCUGGAAACCAGGCGGAGUCCCAGUCCCCUCAACUGACCUGAGGGCUCAUGUUCAGCAGGCUUGGCUUGAAUUCCCAGAAAUGGCUGCUCCCUGGAGGGUCUCGAGCGUGUGGGUUGGACCCAAAGAGACCGGAGAGCCAGAGAACUCCAGGGUUCUCUGCUUCUCCUCUGUCUUCUGUCCCUGUGGAAUCCUCCAUCCGAAGUCUUACUAGCCAAAUCAUGUAGUUGUUGGGGUUCCUACAGAUCCCAGAAAAGCCAGCCAGGGUUUCCCAGGAGGCUGUCCCCAGGCCCACCAGGAAGGGAACCCACAUUGGAAGAGGGGACCAACACCGUGGCCAGAAGCCAGAGGCCACGGUCUGUGUAACGUGAUGGAACGUUUGUCCUGAGUGCGGAGAGCUUUACUUGCUCCUGUGUGGAGUCUGAUUCUCUUUGACCAGAGAACUGAGUCAGUGGCCCCGGGUUGUCCCUGUGGAGCAGCUGGGACAGUCAGCAGCUCUCCCCGCUCCCCAGCUGAGCCCGACGGUGCCAUGUCAGGAGCGCGUCUGGGAUCCGGUGGUUUGCACGAUCUUCAAGGAAAUGGAGUGAUGCCGUCACCCCCUCUUCAGUGUAGGUUUGCCCUGUGCCCCGUUAGCAGGGAGUUGCUUAGAAGGCGUUUCUGUGCAUGCCUUCCCCAUGGAUUCCAGCAGCAGGACAAACGGACGAGGAGAACGUGCACUCGUCUGUAAAGAUCUCAUAACCACAGAGGUGACGUGCUCGGUUCUUGGGAGAAACAGCACAGAGCAACCUUCCAAAGGACUCCACUUGGGCAAGCCCGCGUCAGAGCCCCUGGGGUCUUCUGAUUCGCGGGACACUUCGACCGAGUCAAGACUCAGGAGAUGUGUCGAUACAUUAGAUGUGUCGAUACAGAAGCUGGCUCCUGCGUGCUGUCCAAUGUACGUUCCCUGAUGGAGGAACAUUUCUGUGGUCCCGGGCGGUCUCCACGUACUGAUCAAAGACUUCCUCAUUUUUGUUAUUAAGAGUGAAGUCCUGUCUGUCAGGAGACGCUCAGCGGCGGCCAUCGUGUUGGCUUCCUUCCGCAGUUGAGGAGGAGCUUGCUGUCUCCUCCGGGCACACGUCUGGAACGUGAGCACGGGGAGAAGGAGCCGGUGCUUAGGGGCACAGCCUGGGCAGUGUGUGUCCAUGCAGCGGGCAAAGUGACUGCAGGGCCCCUCAGCUCUGGCUCGGAGGGCUGUGGGGGGCCCUGGUGCUCUGGUGCUAAUGUUAGUGACCCUUGCUCCUUGACCCCAAUUUCUCAGAGACAACACAAAACUUUGACGCAGUCUGAAUGCAAAAAUACGCCGAAAAGAUGCAGGAAACGGUUACCUUUGAUAGCACUGCAUGCGGUCUCCUGCAUGCGUGUUUGUGCAUGUUUGUGUGUGUUUGCAUGUAUGUAUUAUGUGUGUGCUGUUUGUGCACAUGCAUGUUUGUGUGUGCGAGUGUGCACUACUGUGUGCAUAUUCCUGUGUCCAUGUGCUUGCGUGUGUGACUGUGUGUGCACAGGUGUGCUUGUGUAUGCAUGUUUGUGUGUGUUUGCAUGCGUGUAUUGUGUGUGCACAGUUUGUGUGUGCAUAUGCAUGUUUGUGUGUGUGAGUGUGCACCCACGUGUGCAUAUUCCUGUGUCUGUGUGCUUGCAUGUGUGUUUGUAUGUGUGUGCGCACCUGCGUGUUUGCGUGUGCGUGUUUGUGUGUGCAUAUUUCUGUGUGCAUGUGCUUGCUCGCACGUGUGUGCACAUGUGUGUUUGUGUGUACGUGUGUUUGCAUGUGUAUGUGUAUUUGUGUGUGCAUGUGCACGCUGUCUACCCUACGUUAGACGUGCGCUCGGCAUAACUCGCCUGGGCGGGUGUUCACGGAGAAAUCCUGCGGCACAGCCGAGGACCGCAGCCUACGGCCGCCACCCUUGACUUUGCCCGCUGCAACCGGGCAGCGUGACCGUGACCGCGAAGCCCGCCAGGAAGACGGCAGCCAGGCCACCACGUGGACCCAGUCUGGGGCUGUCAGAGUGCCUGCUCUCCAUGGGAAAGUUCCAAGCUCUGUUCUCGCCCCCGUGAGGCAACACAAGACCCGGAGACUUUUCACACAGCCCUUCAUUGCUCAGAGCCCCAGCGACAGCCAUCUGCACGGGGAGCGGAGGAAGCGGCUAUUUCUCUGCACCCCGGACCGGAGGAUAUAACGCGCUGGUGAAGAGCCUUCCACAGACAUGCAACAAGGUGCAUUUUAUAGAAAACGUCUAAUCGAGUGACCGAGUCCCUGCUUUGAAAUUGUACCCACGAGGACAAAACCUCAACACCCAAAUGUUUUUAGUAUCUAAGUCAAGAUAUCAAACGGUCUGCUACAUGGUCAGAAAUGCACACACCGCUAUCCCGAAAUGAAGGCUCAUUUUCUGAUAACCAGUGAGAAGGAGACGAGUGGCAUGGCUCCCGCGGGGGUGACCCCGGGGGACACCACGUCCCUCCACUCAACCCAAAGCCACAUCACGUCCUGAAGGAGUGAGGGGUGCGCCGAGCCAGGAGGGCCCGGAGACCCCUGCCCUCCCCGCCGUGCUGGGGGCCCCUCCUGGGCUCCGCACUGCUCAGGCAGUCUCAGCUUUCACGGGACAGAGCUUCGAAAGCUUCAGAUGGGUGCAGGAAUUCACUCCCAGCAUCCAGGUGCUGUCCCAGCGUCAAAACAGAAAGUGGUCAGUAGGCCACAAAACCUGGACAGAGACCUUCCCAGCGACCCAUGUUUGUCCCACACACGCUAAUGGGAAACAGAACACAAAAUUCUCAAAUAAUAUUUAUCAAUAUAUAGAAUUUGCCAUUCAAAUGCUUUUUAAAAAGUAAUAAAUAUCCUGUUAUUACACAUGAAACUUC